AUGCAAACAACUGAAGAUCAGAACAAGGAUCCAGCUUUAUGGGAAAUUAACGACACUUUAAGGGAAAUUAUUGCAAGAUGCGGCUUCGAUCAAAACAAAUGUUCUGACUUCUCUAAAAGUGAAAGAGUAUAUGCUGAUCAACGUCGUUUCUUGCCAGUGAGUAUCUUCCAAAGAAAAAUGAAAAACAAUGAAGUAAAGGACCGAAAUUGGCUGGUUUACUCCGAAAGUAAGAGAUCCGUAUACUGCGGGCCGUGUUUAGCAUUUGGUCCAUUGGAGAAUAAAACUCAGUUCGAGAACGAAGGAUUUAAUGACUGGAAAAAUGCAGAACUUCGAGUAGCUCAGCAUGAAAACUCAGCGCGUCAUAAAUCCAGUAUUCUUAGUUUGAAAGCUAGAAGUGCGAUUGAUUCUCGAAUCGAUAAUUUACUUCAUUUGCAAAUUGAUGAAGAAAUCACUUAUUGGAGAAGCGUUUUGAAAAGGGUUGUUGCUGUAGUGAAGCGGCUGUGUUCAAGAGGUCUCGCUUUUAGAGGAAAAAGUGAAAAGUUCGGUGAUCCACACAACUGGAAUUAUUUUAUGAUCCUGGAACUGUUAGCUGAGUUCGAUCCUUUCUUAGCCAGUCAUAUUGAGCGGUUUGGGAAUCAAGGAUCCGGAAGUACCAGUUACUUGUCGAAAACAGUUUGCGAUGAGUUUAUACUCUUGAUGGGCCAUAAAGUAUUGAAGCAAAUUGGAGAUGAGAUAAGAAGGGCGAAAUACUUUUCCUUAAUUAUCGAUUCGACACCGGAUAUAGCGCAUGUGGACCAGCUCACCUUCGUGAUCCGAUAUGUUUCAUAA